CGCAGCGGCUCUCGAGCACUGGCUCGUGCCAGCACGCGACGCGGUAACCGACGAGGACCCCGUUUGAGGAAGCAGGAACCUCGGCUGUGCUCGGCUGUGCCGACUCGUGGAACAAACGGCUGUUGUCCCUGGUUCCGGCUGGCCUCGACAGAGCGACCGUUUCGUUGACCUGCUGUGGUGUUUUGGAAGAGUAUCGGGAGUUUCAGUGGCGUCAGCACCAUUCCUGUGGCGCCUGUGCCUACCAAUGGAGGUUCCAUCAGGAUCAUGAAUCCACUGGCUGUCCAGAAGGCACUUAAGGGCACGUCCAACCACUUCCAGACCAUCACUGAUAUGCGAGCGUUCGGACGAGCGUUCCAGACCGUGCGAGCGUUCCAGACCUGUGUUGAACACCUCUUCAAAUGCAUUUCAUUCGCUUCCACACCGUGGUGUGAGCAGCAUCCCGGCGGCUCUGGUUCCUUCAAAUGGAGGCUUGAUACGUCUGACCAACCCCCCGGCGAUCCAGAAAUCUCUUCAUGCUGCUACCUCUUCAUACCAGAUCAUCACGGAAGUGAGGCCGUUCGGCCGCGGAGGUAUCGUGUGUCGAUCGCCAGACGAGUCCUGCGUCGCGGAUUUGCUAAAGUGUUCAUCAUUCGCAUCAAUACUGGCAGGUGACGUGGCAGGACCCUUGGCCUACAGUCGGGCUGCCGUCUAGGUGCAGCCACUCCCUAAGCGCAGGAGCGUGGAACGACCUCUCCUGGAAAGACCGUACGCUGGGAGCGUCUUGCGAGCAUUGUCACUAUCCACUCGGCGGUCCGGGUACCUGCAGGUGAGUAGGCACCGUAGCCAAUGUCUAGUAUAAUAUAAGGUUGCUGCCGCUAAGGUAGCUUGUUGUUUGUAGGUAGGUAGCUUGUGAGCGCCUGCUACAACGCUUGCCUGCUUGCUCAAGACGGCCACCUGUCGGCUUCUGCACAUGCUGGAGUCUAGUUGCCCCCAGUCUCUCUCUUUCUCUAUCCACUUUCAGUUCCCACUCCCUCUAUCUUGACGAUUCUUCGCGUGCUCUCUCAAGGUAGCUGAAUUAGGCAUCAUUUCCCACAAUAUAUCGCUAUCAUAAUCAACAGGAGCAACAGUGGUAAAUGAACAUUUUAAUAUGAAGCACUCACGAGAAGUACAGUGGGUACCUUUUUGGUAACCACCGUUCUUGUUACAUCACAGAGGAUUCCUUGUGACACUUUCACCGGUGCUUCGUUGGGCCCAUGGUGAUUUUCCACGACCGAACGUGCUAUCAGCGACCAUCUUCGUCUUGAUGCUCAGCGGGAGGAGUUGUUGCAGACGUUGCCAAGCAUUACGCAGUGGCCUCUAGGGCCCCCUGUCUUCCUGCUAAGUGUGGAAUGUCAGUGACGCUCACUUGCAUCCUGCCUGACAGGAAGCAAGUUUUCUUGGUCAUGGUACAACUGACCUACCAGUUCUGACAUCGUAGUCCACAAACAAAAACACGUAAAAGUACAGUGAUAUACAGGAAAUAUGGAAUUGCUACUGCAUCGAUAUUGAACCGUUAUAGAAUCGUCGCCAGUAUUGGCACGAUAGCAUUUGGUUGUCAACUGUUGGAUGACAAAUGCGGUGAAAUUUUAAGGACACUGUGGCCAAUGACACCGCGCUAUGAACUACUGAUACAAAUCGUGUCCUUACGUGCUCCUUGUGCGGGUGCUCACUACGCUGGUCAUGGCAUUUUCUGAGCACCAUCGCUCGACCAGAACCACGACAUAAGCGAUUGUGGUAGGAGCAGCCAGUGUAAUAACAAGUGAGCGUGUGGACCCUAGCGGAUAUUAGCGUUCAUCUUGCAAAGGUAAGUCAACCUUACCGUACAAUCAGGCACGGCUGUGCACACCACUGCAUAGUAAGAGAAUUCUUGCGGCGGCCAGCAGUCAUAGCUCUGUACAAAUUGUAUUUUCAUGUACUUGUUUCGUCCUCUUCCCUCCUUACAAUCAUCUACCUCUUCUCUUACGUUUUCUAUUUUCCCCUUUCCACAUAGUGCGGAGUAGCAAUUCGGAAGCACGGUCGUCAUGCUAACCUUUCCUCCUUUCCAACAUUAACGUAUUUUUCUCUUUCAUUUCGUCUGUUGCUCAAGUAGCUGCGUUAUGUCGAAGCCUUUUAAACGUCAGCCCACGGUGCAGUCACACUCAGUUGUGUAGUGGCAAAUAAAAAUCUCAAACCGUGUUUUAAAGUUACGUGCGCGAACGUCGCGUAUGGCCGAGCUUAUUUUAUUUCAAGAUAUUUUAGUCUUGUGCUAAUCCGGAUACAUUGUAGUCUCAGCGAUAAUCCACAGCUCAUGUGCUAUUUUGUCCGAAUGAACAUGCGGAAGGACUGGUGGCAGAACAUUUAGUGGAAAAUGUCGCUGGCAGCUGACGAGACACUUAACAUGAAGCUUCGAAUUGUAAUUCAGCGACUGCUCCUUUUGAUGAUAUAAAGACUUCCUAAACUCAUUCCGAGACUCGCUGAAUGCCUCAAAUUCAGUUUUGUUAUGACCUGAGAAAUCUGUAGAAGUGUUUUAUUUUCCGCCUCCGAAAGCAAUUUCAUUCGCAUUACUGUUGUAUGACUGUUUUUUUUUCUGAAAGAAAACUUUUUUUUCUUCUCCGUAACAAUGAUAGCUUGUUCUGUGCAUCUCAAUAAUGUUGGGCACCACACCAUGUUCACGCGAUACUAUGUUGUGUUUGUGCGAUCAUGUCAGGAUGUCAUACACUGUCGUGUCUUUUCUCGCCUGUGGGCAGCGUCAAGUUAUAAAUAACAGCUCACUUUCACCAACUUUUUCCAAGGCCACAGGUAAAACUAAAGGAACUCAAUUUCUCAUAAAGGUAUUCUUUUCUCCGGCUGCAAAAAAAGUGCACUGACGUUCGAGUAGGCUAUAAUGCUGGCCACACGGUACCUGUCCACGCUGCCUACCGCCACGAUGAAUUGCUCCACUCAGCAGCCGGUGGUUCAUCACUUACAAAAGGGAAUCUUACAAGAGUACGUACGUCAAAUAUUGGUGAGUGUUUAGCCACGCCUUCACGAGUGGCUACUUUUCAUAUUCUGCUUCCCAUUCGCGUUUUCUCUGCUUUAUCUACACUCACAUCCUUUCUCACAGACACACACAAGUUAAGCCCUCUUCUGUAUAUUAGCACGUCUCGCAGCAUGCCAACCUGCUUGGCAUGCAUGUAGACGUGCAUAGUCUUAACCGAUGUUGCAUUUGCGCUCCAUUACUAAGGUUUUACAAUUAAGCACGAAGAAAAUUGGAACCUAGCAUGCUUGUGUCUGUAGAAUAGCGUAUUUGUGUACGUGAAGUGACAAGUGUUUGGUGUCUGUGUCAAACUUCUUUAUUUCAAACGAGCCAUUUGCGCAUCAAACCUUUGCCCCUCUUUUCUGUCAGGCACACAUCCACGUAAGUAAAGGGACUUUUAUUUUGCAUUGCGUUCAGGCCAAAUGCGAGCUAUGCGAUUGUUUGUUAACCCAACGUAUUUUACAUAAAGGUAUCAUAUUUUAAUUUUCAACUUGGAGGAAAAGGAAUGAACGAAUACGUCAGAGUGAAGUGCAACUGAUGUUAGUCUCAACCAAUGUUGCAUUAGAGUUCCAUUAUUUAGGCUUUACGAUUUAGCAUGAAAAAAAUUGGAAGCUAGCAUUUUGUUGCAUGUAGAAUAGUGCAUAUAUGUACCUGAAUUGACAACCGUUUGGUGUCUUUCUCAAACUUCUUCAUUUCAAUCGAGCCAUUUUCGCAUCAAAUCUUUGUCCCUCUUUUCUGUCAGCCGCGCCUACACGUAGUAAGUAAAGCGAUUUUUGUUUCACAUUUCGCUCAGGCCUAACGCGAGCUAUUCGAGUGUUUGUUAACGUAACGUAUUUUGCAUAAAAUUGCCAUAUUUUAAUUUUCGACUUGGAGCAAAGGGAAUAAAAGAAUACGCCGUAGUGAAGUGCAUCGAGGGAGUUUUCUGAGGAAUACCUUUUAUCAACGAUUCAUUAAUCAGUGUUCCCCUUAUUCGUGGGCGCUUGCUUACGUAUACGGGCCCCUAUAUGUAUGUACGUAUACGUUUACGAGGGUGCACAUGCUGCCUGCAUGCAACGUAGCUCAGUCGUAUUUUUCACGCGAUACCUUAUUUAUUCUGGUGUGCAUGGCCGCCUCCGUGAUAAUAAUACAACGUUUAACUACGGGGAAUGCUCACAUUCGAAAUUACAAAGUAGUUGUGCUCCUCGUAAUUUGAUUGUUGUCUGAUUCGAGAAAGUAAUACCUGAGGACCACUGAAUCAAACCAUGCUUUACUAUAUUAUACCGAGACCACCCGAAAGCCGUUACAUAAACUUCGGUCGAUAUGUGGGAAACAUUAUAGGUCAUCGCAGUAGUUCAUGCUAAAGCUUUCGUCCUACAUGACAAUACGGUCUUAUCCGGCCAUUAUUAUGACUUUACCAAUUCUCGCUUCUAAUGCGCAUCUUUAUCCAAUCAGUCCCAGCGGUCACCCCUUUGCCAACCUCUACUACGACAAUGAAGUCUAAUCCUCCAACCCAAAGUCAAAGUCCAAGUACUCCGAGUCCUCCAACGAAAAAACCUCCUCUGGUGUGCCAGAUGAUGUCUCCCAACUACGUGACGAGUCCCUCGGAAAAAUCUAAUAUUAUCAACAGUUCAAUGCCCGAGCCUGGCCUGUGCGACUACAUCGUGCUCGAUAUACCACAGACUCCAGACGGGAAGUUCGAGAGCGAUGGGUACGAGUUCCUGAAACGACCCACCAGCACGUCCAAGUACAUGUUCAGCAUGAACUUUAGACUCGUGUCUUCUAGUUCAACGUUUCUCGACAAAGCGACGCUGACGGACAGCGGAAGAGAGAUACUGCAAAGUCUACCACUCCGCGGUUUUGGCUUCCUCGGCGGAGUGCUACAGCCGAACGCGUCCUCGUUUUCUCGCGCCACACUGGCGAACUACGCUUUAGUCCUAAAGUUUUUCUACGCACGAUUCACGGAAGUCCUCAGAGGGCUUGGCGUUCCCAAAGGCGAAGUCGUCAACUUCUUCGCUUUCAAACCAGCCAAUCUGGCCUCAAGCGCGCCCUUUUAUGAGGGACUCUUGGAAGGCCUUAAAGACAUCCCCGGUGAUCACCUCCACCUCGUGAUACUCCUCACUAUCACGACCGAAAAGGGCCUGCUGGUCCAGCCGUCUUCUGCCUGGGACAAUCACUGCCUCGCUUCUGAUUCCGAGCCGACAAUAGGAGAUGCUGUGGAACUCAUUGCCAAAGUAAAGUCGCCGGUGUUCACCUUCGCUUUGACGCUGAGCCUGCGGUUUGACAUCUUUGAAGACGUAAUGGUGACGAAACUGGGGGGGAUCACGGUGCUCAAAAAAGUUACCAGCACCGCUCAUCGCUCUCUCAGCUACGCACACGAGUGCGGCAAUCUGCAUGCUGGAAUCACCGUUGACCGGAUUAUGACCUUCGGUGGAGGGUGUCAAUUCGUCCAGUAUGCGCCCAUGGACGUCGCCACUUUCGAGACUUUGGAGACGCUCCAACCAAAGAUGAGCCUUGCCCACUUUACCCUGGAUGUCUCUACGGCCUCCGGUCACACCGUCGGUUGGCUUGUUUACAACGUCACCGGUGGACUAGCACCCCCAUUAUGCGGAGGGAGUCAGCACCGUUUGAAAAAAAUACGCGAAAUGAUCGACACGCGCUGAGCUGCAAGCGGUCUGCCGUUUGUGGACUGCCAUCUCAUCGUUUUUUGCGAAGUUGACAUCUACGUUCUCUUUGUUUACGAUGUCUUCUUUUACCCGAAUUUCGUGUAACGACGAACCUUAUACGGUUCCCUGUAAGAGACCCCGAAGACGAAAGCCAUUAGGACUCAGGCGAGUCCCUAAUCGAGAAAAGAUUAGUGCAAUUCAGUCAAAUGACGAGCUGGAUAGAUAGAAAAACGGCUCUUCGUUAUCUUCCUUUCUUCCGUUUCCUGUGUUUUUCUUUUUUAUUAGUAGGCCCUAUGCUUUCUACUUCGCCCAUUUUUCUGUCUUUGUUUGCCGGACUGCUUGUUGAUACAUAUAGCACCGGCUCAAGAAAUUUUGUUGCAUAGGACGACCUGGUGGUUCCAGUGAGACCGAACUUGAACAAUACUGAAGGCGGAAUGCCUUGGUCCUUCUUUGUUCUGAAUGGUCAGACAGAAGCUUCAUAUGGACAGAAGACAGCUUCUGCAAAACCCAUGUCGGACUUGUAUGUGAGUGUGUGUAAAAUGUAUGCGGGUCAUUUCCAGCAAGACGAUGGCUUUACCAUAGCCGUGAGCCCUCAUCCAUAUUAAUUCUGAUGUCCGUAAGCGAAAUCUUUAUUAUAUUCUAACGCGACUUCUAAACUACUAAAGUUUCUUUACUAAAGUUUCUUCUUCUUCUAA